ACUAAUUUUGUGGUUAGGGGUCAUCAACAGGCUCACCUUUCAAAGGAGCGGUGGGGUUUCUCCGGCACAGACCCACGAUUACUCUGGUCGGAAACUCCUAAAAAUGGGGUCCUCUGACGAUCAGAAUUCGCCAUCGGAUACCCCACCAUCUGACUCUUCAUCAUCAUCGCCAACUCCUCCAUCUUCGUCGUCCUCAUCCUCAUCAUCAUCGUCCUCAUCACCCUCUCCACCAUCAUCGGAUUCAGGUUCGAGUGGAGGUUCAAGUUCAAGUGGAGGUUCACCGCCCUCAUCAUCAUCACCACCUCCAAAGGACUCAUCACCUCCUCCAAGCGACUCAUCGUCCCCAAAAAACUCAAACGACGGCUCGUCAUCUUCAGGAAACUCAAACAGCUCAUCCCCGCCUUCCAACAACUCAUCCCCGCCUUCCAACAACUCAUCCCCGCCUUCCGACAAGUCCCCUGGCGGCAACUCUUCCAACAACUCUAACAACUCCGGUGGCUCAUCCUCCUCCUCCAACAAUUCGAAUAACUCAAACAACAACUCAGACAACUCGAACAAUUCGAAUAACUCAUCGCCUCCCAGCAACAACAACUCGAACAACUCACCGCCUUCCAACAACAACAACUCCGACAAUUCCAACAACAACAACUCCGACAAUUCCAACAACAACUCCAACAAUUCUAACAACAACUCAAAUGACUCAAACAACCAAAACCAAAAGUCCCCUCCACAGUCCAAUUCUCAAAAGAGUCCUCCAUCGUCCUCCUCUAACAAUAACAAUAAUGGAGGGAAUCAGAACAAUAAUAACAAUAAUGGAGGGAAUCAGAACAACAACAACAAUGGCAACGGCAACAACAACCAAAACGACCAAAACGACCAAAACAAUCAAAACAACAACAACAACCAAAACAACCAAAACAACCAUAAUAAUAACAACAAUAACUCUCGCUCGCCACCCAAAUCAUCCAAUGGGAACAAUUGGUCACCAAAAUCGUCCAAUAAUUGGUCACCCCCAGCCGUAUCAGGCAAGUCCCAUCCAUCACCUGAUAAUGAUGGGUCGCCGCCGCCUUCGCACUCGAGUUCGAGCUCCACGCCCAUCAUCAUAGGAGUUGUAGCUGCGGCAGGGGUUUUGUUGCUUGUCAUGGUGUUUUUCUUCAUGGCGUGCUCUAAGAGGAGGAAGAAGAGACAGACUUCUUCUCACCUUAUGGAGAACCCUGAGCCAUAUAAUCCAAAUGCAGGAAGUGACUAUUGGCAAAACACUGGACCUAAAAGUACCGAGCACGUUAUGAACAUGCCUCCUUCUGGCCGCGCACCCAAUGGAGGUUGGACUACAUCCACACCUCCACCGCCACACAUGAUGAGCAGCGAAAUGAGUUCCUCCAACUUCUCCGGUCCACACGGUCCCCCCUUGCCGCCGCCACACCCUAAUGUGGCUCUCGGGUUCAACAAGAGCACUUUCACCUAUGAUGAGAUGGCGGCUGCAACAUCAGGGUUUGCGCCAGCUAAGCUAAUAGGCCAAGGUGGUUUCGGGUACGUGCACAAAGGGGUGUUGCCGAACGGCAAGGAAAUCGCUGUGAAGAGCCUCAAAGCUGGUAGCGGACAAGGCGACCGUGAAUUUGCAGCCGAGGUUGAGAUCAUUAGUCGUGUUCAUCAUCGCCACCUUGUGUCGCUUGUGGGGUACUGCCUUGAAGGAGAACGAAAGCUGUUGGUGUAUGAAUUUGUUCCUAACAACAACCUCGAAUUCCACCUCCACGGACCAAAUCGGCCACCCUUGGAAUGGGGCCACAGGGCCAAAAUUGCGUUGGGAUCGGCUAAAGGGCUUGCUUACUUGCACGAAGACUGUCACCCCAAGAUUAUCCACCGCGACAUUAAGGCUGCAAAUAUUCUGAUUGACUUUAGCUUCGAAGCUAAGGUGGCAGAUUUUGGGCUGGCAAAGCUGAACCAGGAAAAUGUCACCCAUGUAUCUACCCGUGUCAUGGGAACAUUUGGGUACUUGGCUCCUGAGUACGCAUCGAGUGGAAAGCUAACCGAGAAGUCCGACGUUUUCUCUUUCGGUAUUAUGCUCUUGGAGCUCAUCUGUGGACGCCGCCCUGUGGACUUGUCUGGAGAAUAUGAGGAGGAUACCUUAGUAGACUGGGCUAGGCCUCGCUGCCUGAAAGCAAUAGAUACUGGGGACUAUUCUGAAGUGUUGGAUCCAAGGCUAGAGAAAAAUUAUAACCAUGAAGAGGUGGCACGAAUGGUGGCAUGUGCUGCUGCGAGCGUUCGACACUCUGCGAAGAAGCGACCAAAAAUGAGCCAGAUUGUUCGUGCAUUGGAAGGCGAUGUCUCAAUGGAAGACUUGCACGAGGGGAUCAAGGGGCAGUUUGGCUCUGGCUCUACCAGCAUUGCUUCAUCUGAGUUUGAUGCCGACUCGUACAAUGCGAAAAUGAAGCCGUUCAGAAAGCCGGCACUGAUUGACAGCACAGACUACCCAAGCAGCGAAUACGGGCCCACAAGCGAGUACGGCCACAACUCCACCUCUGCAAGCAGCGAUCACUCCCAAGAGAUGGACAACAAGAAAGGGAUGAACCGGCCACAAGGUCCAGUUUGAGCAGCAAACAAUGAGCUGGAACAUGGACCGAACCGAGCGAACAAGAUAACCCAGAACUGGUUUUAUAACCUCUGGAGUACUAUAUUAUAGAAACAUAAAGAUUCUGCAGGUUAAUUAGUGUUAAAAUUAAGAUUGAUGAUGCUAAUAUUUGUGUGUAUCAUGUGAAAAAGUGAGAGACAAUAUUGUGUGUCACUCUUCCCUGCAGACAUUUUUGUAUUGGCCACGCAUGCACCUUACUGGUUACCAAGUAUACCUCUGAUUAAUUUCAGGUAGGUAAAGAUGGUGGUAGAUGCACAAUUGUGACAUUCAAUUAAACAUGGGGCACACCAAAUGAUGGAGGAGUUGUAAUUUUCUUUUUCUUUUUUUCUUUUUUUCUUUCUUAUGUUCUUUUGGAAAAUGGGUGAACCUAGCUAUGUGUGUUUGUAUGUACUUGCUACUAAUGUAAAACAAACAUGCAUUUGGAGGAAUUGGUAGCUCGUGUGUUUGUAUUUUCUAUAUUUUAUAUCUAAGUAUUAUUGUUAAGAAUUGGUGAGAGUUGAGAAUGGAUGGAAAAUUUGGGUAGGGUAUUAAUGUUUCUCUACCUCAUGGAUAUCCAGGUAAUAUACAAAUUUUUUUUUUUUUAUACAAGCGAUAAUCUACUUUAAACUAAUCUAAAUCAUGGAAAUAGAAAUUUUGGCUAGGGUAGCAUUGUUUCUCUUUUUCUUUUUUUUUCUUUUUAGUAUUGUUUCUCUGCCUCAUGGAUAUCCAGGUAAUUUACAAUUAAGGCAUCAGAAAUUGCAAACCAAUAUUAAUUGCCAUGAGUGUAAUCUGUAAAGAGUAAUAUUAUUGCUUGCAAUGUACUUUUAUAUAUAUAAACAAAUUAACCAUCCAAAUGGUGACAUGGGAUUUCUAGUAGUGUACAAAUUGGAAAAAUUAUGACCCCCUUGUUACCUAAAAUCCAUCUUCCCAACUGGCUCUCUCUUCCUUUUUGUCAAUAACCUGGCUACUUCAAGUUGAUCAUGAUUCAUGAUUUAGAACAUCAAAAUUGAAAGUAGCUCCUUAAAAAGAAUGCAAUGCAUGAUGAACAUUUUUUGGAAAAAAUAAAAAUAAAAAUAAAAUUAGAGGUUAACUAGGAAGGACACAAUAGCCUUCCCAUGAAGCACUCCUUACCAGAAAGACUAAUGUAUAGAACUUGCGCCUAAAAACCAGUUUGUAAACGAUGGGUGCGCAAGAGAUCUUAAACCAUCUUA